AUGCCAAUUCUAAAAUCAUUAUGGGAGCAUGUGAUCAUUAUGGGAGCAUGUGGAGUCUGCAAAUUCUUACAAAAGAGGUGCCUAGAUGACUGCAUAUUUGCACCUUAUUUCCAUUCCGUCCAAGGAAUUGCAAAUUUCGAGUCCAUUCAUAGGAAUUUCAGAGACAACAACAUUUGCAAGCUUCUAACAAAUAUGCCGAUCGAAAAAAGAGCCGAUGUCGUUAUCACUUUAUGUUUGGAGGCUCGUGCUCGUCUCCAAGAUUCUAUCUAUGGUCGUACAUCUGAGAUCUACACUAUUCAAAAUCAGGUCAUAACUGUAGAAAUUGAGUUUUCUUCAAUGCAAGUGAUCCAAAUAUUGGAUCAUCUCAGCAGGCAGCCGAUCAGAACACUUUUGCCGCCGGAGCUCAGGUGGACGGCAGCGAUGGGAAGAGUUUGCUCGGGAGUAACUCCCUAA